AUGGUCUCCAAAAGCGUCUGUCUAAAAUGCGUUUGGGGCAUCCACCCCUCCAAGCUGGGGAAGGAAAACAAUUAUCACAUAAGCUAUCUCUAUGCGGAUAGGUAUGGGACACACGUGCUCCCCACGAUGGAGGGCAACUUCCCCGAGCUGUUCCCCGCGGACGGAGACACAGACAACCUGAGAGAGUACCUAAACCAAGGAGAUAUAAAAUUCGAAAAUGAAGACCUGAAGAAGGAAAGGGAACAAAUAAAAAAUGAUCCACAAUUCGUACAGUGUGUAAAAAAUAUAUGGACUAAUGUACUGAACAAACCCAUAGAUGGGAGAUUCACCAAAGUGGAGUAUUUCAAAAUAAUGCUUAGAAUAUGUAAGGUGUUAAUUCCUCAAUUUGAUAUCAAGGAGGUGAUAAAAAUAGUUAGUGAUGAAUGGAAUAAUGAUUGUAAAGGGAAAAAGUAUCUAAAUUUUGAAUCUUUUUUUAAUGCCUUUUUCGAAUUGGCAGACAUUUGGACACCAACAAUAAAUGCUAACGAUUAUGCUCACCUUUGGAAGACUCUAUUUUACAGAAUCACUUUCAUCGAAAUUAGAAAGAAAAAUGGAGAAGUUGUUAAAAAAAAACCUGUCAUUAUGAUACAUUUUAGGAGAAAAGAAGAUGUGAAAAAACUCUCUCUUUUUGAGAACCCAAUUUUGGGUUCUAAUAAUGAACAGAAUCAUCAUGAUAGAUGCAGUAGCUUUAUAAAAAAUAUGAAAUCUAUAAAAAGGCUAUCUACCCAAGUGGAACAAUUUAAAAAGCAAUUCACAAAGCGAUUUAGCGAUAGUUAUAAAAUUCAGGAGUCCUUCCUUUACGAUGAUGAUCUAGAUCCUCAAGACAUUUUGGAUCGAAAUUUAUUUGAAAAUCUACUCAACAAUAGAAAUAAUGAUUCGUAUUUACAGAGAAAUAUUGUUCUGCUAGAUGUGGAUGAGAUAAACCCUUUGGAGUACCUUGAUGGGAUAGACUCCCAGGAGGGAGAGUGCUCCUCUUCCAGGGGGUACCCGCGCGACCGCAAUUACUCCGCCUGUAGGGAUGACCGGCUCUCUUCAACGGACAAAGGAAGGACCGAAGAAGAGUCCAAACCGACGAAAGAACAGAAGAACCAACUUAAAGAUGAUCCAACGGAGAGGAACAAAAAACUACACAGCGAAGCACUAGAUAAGUCUCACCCAAGCAUCCAGGGCAGCAUCGCAAAAAGGAACACAUUCACCUUCGCAGUGAAAACGGACAAGCAGAAUGAGAAAGACGAGGAGAUGGACAAAGGAAGGAGGAAGACAGAGGGGUCACUAGCAGAAGGAACGUACGUAUUGAAGGAAAUUCAGGAGAAAACGAAAAAGUCAAGCAGGGAUGAAGCUGGUGAAGCGGGGGAAGCGAAAGUGAUGGGCACCGAUGAAGGUAAGGAAAAAGUCAGCUUAGAAAGCUCCCUCCUCAUUGACGGAAUAAACUUUGCCGAAUUCACCAAGGAGUGCAAAAUUGUCGAUUUGAAUGACCACGAGGGGGGUGUCUCUAUCGAUGGGAAGGACACUGAUGCGGAGGAGAGGGACCCUUUGAGUGACCUGGUCCCGACGAAGCAAAGGCACUUCCUGCGCCUGGACUCGAAUCUAGAUUUUGGCGAGGAGACGCUUAGGAAGGAGGCCCGGGGGGAGUUCCCCCAGCUGGGCCAGGGGGGGGAUCAUCAAGAGGGGGAGGCGAAAGGGGAAGAUAGCGGAGAAGAUAGCGGAGAAGAUAACGGAGAAGCUAACGGAGAAGAUAACGGAGAAGCUAACGGAGAAGCUAACGGAGAAGCUAACGGAGAAGCUAAAUCCCACGUGGAGGGCGACUCAACGGAUGACCUAGGCAGGGGAGACCCCACGCAAAGCUCCCCACGAGGCAGCGGGGAGAAGAAGGCCCAGGGGGGCGCCACGACGGGAGAAGCAGAAGACGAAGAAGGAGUAGUGGAGGGAGAUAUGGACGCGUCGGUUGGGGAAGGUAAAAAAGGCGCCCAGCUUGGGGAGGGUAAAAAGGCCGCUCUCCCUGGCGAAGGCAAAAAGGCCGCUCUCCCCGGGGAUGGUGACGAUGUAGUGUCGACUCAAAAAGGGAAAGGCGACGCCCCUGCGGGGGAAGAAGCCUCACUUGUGAAUCGACCCCAAGACGAGUCUAACCUGUCGGUGGUGCAGAAUAGGGUUGAAGAGAGAGGAAGUCCUAGUGCAACCAGAGGUGUAGAAAAGGAAGCAGCUAAGGAUGACGCGCAUGGGUCGGAUGAAGAAUACUUGGAUGCGCUGAGAAGCAAUUUAGCAAUAGAGGAAGCAGCUGAGGGAGGAGAGGACAAAGCGAGCGUACCGAUCGACGAGCAAGAAGGUAGAUCCAAAAAAUCAAUCGAUCUGCUUAAGGCUAAAAACUACCUAGAGAAUGAGAAGCGCACUUUGGAGGAGCUAAAGCAGGAGAAGAACAAAUUUCGGAAGGAGAAAAAAAACGACGUGCGCAUGGGGGAACUUCUCGACGAAAGUCAGACUCACUUGGAGAGACAAUCCAGCGUGAAUGAUAUUGAAGGGGAAGCUAAGGCCAAGAAGGUUCUCCUUGGGGAGGGGUCAACCGACUCCACGUUCAACAUAAAGGAUAUUUCGUUUGAUGACAAGCUGGAUAAAGAGGUGAGGAAGCAGGAAGAGGUGAGGAAGCAGGAAGAGGAGGGGGGGGAGGCAGCCGAAGGGGGGGAAGAAGCCGAAAGGGGUGACGCAGCAAAAGGGGGGGAUACCGCUGAACGUGGGGAGGACACCGCUACACACGGGGAGGAUACCGCUACACACGGGGAGGAUACCGCUGCACACGGGGAGGAUACCGCUGCACACGGGGAGGACGCUGCACACGGGGAUACCGCUACACACGGGGAGGACGCACAGUCGAACCAGCAGAGGGAGCUCUUCGAAACGGUGAACAAAGACAUGGCCAAUAAAAUGGACUCUUACAAAGGAAAUGUCGAUCUAUUUAUGAAGAAAAUGAAAAGGAGGAGCGAUUCCAAGGGGGAGGCGAUUAAUAAGCAUGUUGAUCGCGCGGACCUUGCUGAGCAGUCUGAGGUAGAGGACGCAGGUUGGGAGGACGAACCAGCAGAUGGAGACUCCCAGGAGAAUGGGUUCGGUAGUGAGGGUAGCCAAGGGGAGAUCAACAUGGACAAGCCGAAAGAAGACUUUCUCGUCAGCUUGGAAAUUAAAAAGAGCAUCGAUGAAAGGAACCAAAAUGGUAAAAGCGGGACCUCCCCCUUUGAUAUCAACAAGACCUUUAGCGAAAUGGGAAAGAUAUUAAAUGAAGUAAUUAUUCAAAGUGAGGUAGCUGUUUUGAAGAAGGGACACCAAGGUGCGCUGUUAAGAAGGGGCUCCCCAAAUGACGAAUCGCAGUUGGUGGGGGACCAAGUUGAUGAUGAGCUCGUGAAGGAUAUAAUGCGUAACCAAGACGUUGUGAGAGGCAUUCUGUUUGAUGAUGACGAACUGGGGGGAAGUGGACAUACUGGUGGGGAGAGCCAAACGGGGGGCGCCCUCACAUCGCCUCGAAAUGGAGAAGAAGGGAUAGAAGCUCUCACAGAGGGGACACUGCAUGCUGGCACAGAGGAGGCACUUCAUGCUGGCACAGAGGAGGCACUUCAUGCUGGAACAGAGGAGGCACUUCAUGCUGGAACAGAGGAGGCACUUCAUGCUGGCACAGAGCAGGCACUUCAUGCUGGAACAGAGGAGGCACUUCAUGCUGGCAUAGAGAAGACAGCGCCGAUUGGUGAUCAACACGCUGUGGAAAGGGUGCCCACUGAUGAGAACGACUUGGAGAGUCAUCCUGGUGAGGCGAAACGUGAGUCAUUAGACAGGAGUGGAAGUAGCGGUGGAAAAAGUGACAUGGUCGGCCACCCCGGCGGAGCGAAAAGUGAGUCACUAGAGAGGAGCAAAAGGGACCAGUCGGACGAGCAGGUCAUCGAAAAAGCGGAGGCUACAGAGCGGGCCAUGAAAGAAGUGGAGUCACCUGGACAGGUCAUCGAAAAAGUGGAGGCUACAGAACAGGCCACCAAAAAAAUGAACUCCCCAGGAGAGCCCAUGAAGGGGGAGGCGUCUCCUGAACAAGGCGGAGAGGGAGGUGCAUUGGAUGGAGGAAACACCGUGGGAGGCAUCACCGUGGAAGGCAUCACCGUGGGAGGCACCACCGAAGGAGGAAUCACCGUGGAAGGCAACACCGAAGGAGGCUUUACCGGGGGUGCACCGCUAGUGCAAGCACCAACUGGGGGAGCAACGGAGGAGGGAGCGUUCAACCCAGCUGACACGGCAAACUGCUCCAAGGACAACCCCGCCGACACGGCAAACCGCCUGAAGGACAACCUCGCCGACAUGGCAAACCGCCUGAAGGACAACCCCGCCGACACGGAAAACCGCCUGAAGGACAACCCCGCCGACAUGGCUGCUAACCCUUCUGACGUGGCAAACCGCGUGAAGACCAAGUACCUGCUCGUGGAGGAUUCUCACAAAAUGAGAAAUUUUAUCAAAAUAAAUAGAAGAAACAAAAAAGAAAAUUUUGUCGUGAUGUCAAGGAGGAGAGAAAAACACAUCUACAGUCUUGCCAGGAAAUUAAAAAUGGAUCUAAUCGAGCCUCCUUUAAUAUUGAGAAGAAAUGUAGCAUUAGAAAAAAAAUUUUUGUCUCCUCUUGGAAAGCUAAUCAACGAGAAUUUAAAGGAGGGAAAGAGCAUCGAGUGUAAGAAGAUGAUGGAUCUAACGUUGGAAUUCCUGAAUAGUAUUAUAUCCAAAAAUAAUGGCUCCAUUUUAUAUUUGACAGGAAAAUUUUUGGACUACUGGGAGUACUUUCUCUACAAAUGGAAGAAGCUCUCCUCUUUGAGUUACUUGAAUUAUAUGAGUUUCUUGAAUUUGAAUUUUUUAAAAAAUGUUGAUGAGGGGGAGAAUAUCGAUGUGUGUAGCUUUCUCGUGGAGGAUCGCAAUUUGAUUCUUGCCAAUCCGUUUAAGGACAGCUUCCCCAUUUUCUGCGUCAUUCUGCAGGAGCACGAGGGGGUGGCCAGGCGCGAGGAACGAACCCACGUGGAGCGCAUCUACGAAGACCUGCUGAACCUCUUCCACGAAAGGAGUUCGGGACCCCUCCAGGUGAUAAAAGUUGAUGGGAAGGAUAUGCAGCUGGGUGACAAUUUAGGGAAACACAAAAAGGGAAAGACGAGCAACUCAUCCGGAGUCGCCCCUUCUGUGGGUUCUACCGAGGAGGACGAGGUAGGUUCGGAGGGACAAGGGGAUACCCCCUCAGGGGAGGCUACAGAGGAGAACUCUACAAAUGAACAGUGUGAUGGGGAAGACGAACAGAUGCUGCGGGUGUUAAAGAGGGAACGGCUGGCGGACGAUGCGAAAGGUGCGGAGGGCAUGAAUGGUACGGACGCUACGAACGGUACGAACGGUACGAACGGUACGAACGAUACGCACUCUGCGGACCAUUCCGACCCACCUGAAACCGUCGAUGAGGACGUGGGCGCAGAGGAGGAAUGCCUGACCGUGGGGGGCUCGGAGGAAAACUACUCCCAAGGGGGGCGCGCCACGGAUGAGGAUACGAAGGAUGAGGGUGAGACAGACGAGGAUGAGACAGACGAGGAUGAGGCAGAUGAGGACAGCACAGGUGAGGACGGCACAGACGAGGACAGCACCGAUGAGGACGGCACAGACGAGGACGGCACCGAUGAGGACAGCACAGAUGGGGAUGAGACCGACGAGGAAGAAGGCAAGGCCACCGCCCCCCGUAGGAACCCCAGCAAAGAAAACAGAGACGAAAAGCGAACCUCCCGAGGAAUACUAAACGUAGAAAAUAUAAGCGAAAAUUACUUCUGUCAAAUGAGUAAAGAAAUGUGUUACGUGUACAGGUGCGAUGACCCUGAGAAGUACUACAGGGGUUACUAUGGUGAGUUGAAGGGGAGCAUCCGCAGCAUGAAGCUGGAGAGGGACAUUCGCCUGCUGGUUGAGCGGGUGAAGGAGUUACACAAAGGAGACGCAGCAGGGGAAGCGGUCGUAGCAGGAGAAGCGGACGAAUCGGGGGGACGGAAGGAGGAGGAUGUGGCCCGCGCGGUGAAGGAAAAGUUUGGCAUCCGAGUCAUCCGCGUGGAUCUGGUUAGCCAGAAGAGCAUCGGAAAACGGGACAGACGGGACGAACGGGACAGGUCGAAGGAGGACACCCUAUGGAAAAUUUUUCACGUCAACAUGAUCAGAAGUCAAUUUUCUUACCAUCUUAAAAAUAAUUUUUUUCCGUUCAAGUACUGCCCAAAGCAGGGGUCUGGCGUUUUGGUGAUGAACCUGAGGAGGAGGAUCCGGGGGAGGGACUCCCCAUUGGAAGAGGCAGCCAGCAGGGAAGAGGCAGCCAGCAGGGAAGUGGCAACCCGCAGGGAAGAGGCAGGCCGUACUCUGGAAGGCAGCAUUGGAGUUGACGAAUCUGUUCGUGGAAGAGGAGCUGACCGAGUUGAUGAUCUCGCGGAAGUUCUCUCCGAUGAAGGGGAAGACGCAGACAGGGGGUCUGCCCAGGCGAGUGGCGUGGAAGGGAGUUCCGUUCGAGGGGACAGUGCUCGACAAGGGCAAGCCAAGUCGGGCGGCGCUCAAGUGACCAUGCUAAACGGCCGCCAACUGACCAUGCUGAACGGCCUCCAACGGAAGAAGUCAUUCGUAGGGCAAACGAACCUGCGCUACUACCGGCACUGGGGUGCCUACUACAAGUACUGCCCCGUGAGCUACGUCAACGAGAGGAGGUUUGUCAAGGGAAAAAAACAGUUCAUGGUGACUUACAAAAACAACAUGUACCUACUGGAGAGUGCUGAAAAAAUGAGAGAGUUUUUGAUGUACCCCAAAUUUUAUUCCAGCAACAAGAUAAAGGAAAACAUAGGGUUCACCAUGGUGAUUUAUUUUUCCAGUAAAGACGUAAAGAAAAAAAUUAUGAACAUUGUGAGGGAGAGAGAAAGGGUAGUGCACAUCGAUUUGGAGGAUUACUUCAGCGGGGGGUUUCUCUCCGGGGAGGAUCAGGGGUGGGUCGCGGAGAAGGGGGCAGGACAGGCGGCAGGACAGGCGGCAGGACAGGCGGCAGAAAAGGGGGAGGGAGAAACUUACACCAACGUAGAGUCCUACAUGUUCGAGAUAAACCGUCUCUUGGAGGGCAAAACCGUGUCUCCCCUCUUCAUCGUCCGGUACCUGUGCAUGCGGAUGAACAAGGCUCAUUCCUUCAAUGUGUUCGUCCUGCGGCAGGUAGAGGAAGCGCUGCACGAGCUGAGGAGGCAAUUCGAACGGGCGCUUGGUGGGGAGAGCGCAAAUGGGGUGGACUGUAAGGGAGAGGCCUCUCCAGAGGAGGACCCAGCAGAGGAGGACUACCCAGAUGACGACCCUCCAGAGGAGGACUCCCCAGAAGAUACCCCCACAGAAGGGGACUCCCCAGAUGACGACCCCACAGAAGGGGCCUCCCCUGAGGAUGCCCCCCAGAAAAAGAUUUCCCUAAAGGCAGUUAAAAUCAGGGCCCUCCACAGCUUGCUAAUAGCGCAAGGGAGAUCCUCCGAGGCGAGCGUCCAAUUUAGCUCCUUGGUGAGCGACCUAUUUAGGUGCACCACGUUGAGCAGCAUAAAUAGGACAAUUGACCAGCUAAUCUGUGCGAUCUCGACUCAGUUGGAGGAUGAAAAUGGGAAGUACGCCCAGGAGUUAGAAAGCCCAAGUGACUACCAAUUGGGGAAACCCUCCUUAGGUGAUCCCCCAUUGAGGACAACCCCUCAAAGUACCCACUUCAUCGUAACGGGGCUACCCUUGGAUAGCAAAAUUUAUGAGUACCUAAAAAAAGUGAACCUACAGAUAGACACUAUCAUCGCAUUUGAAGUGAAGAAGAAGAAAAAAAAACAAAUGAGAGAGAAUAUCCAUCAGGGAAUACUGAGACGAACCCAGAAAGACAGCAAUGAUGUAUGUGAAAUUACAUGGGGGGAAGACUCUAUGUAUGUUUUUAGUAAGAAUUACAAAAAAGAGAUUGCACAUUUGAAGAAAGCAAAGUACCAAGUGCACUAUCUCAAAAUGGGCACCGAGAUGAAUAUUAACUAUUACGCAAAUGAAGUGAGGAAGUUGAUCAACCCGUACAUGCAUUCCUAUUAUGACUAUAGCGAAGUGCUCAGGGAUAACACCCUGGCAGACAAACUAAACUGCUCCUUCACUAAUGUGUAUUGUCCGUAUCUCGUAUCGAAGCAUAAUUGGCUGUACAAAAGCUCCAAAGGAGUAAGGCUAGUUUAUGAUAUACAGAAGGAGUUCUCUAAUACAUUCGGACCCACUUGUUUUUAUAUCCUCAAAUAUGUGUACCUUUUUAAGCUUACGGAUGGAAUGAAUAGGAAGAAGAGGAACCACGUACUUGGGAACUUCGUUUUGGGUUCUACCUGGCUAGCUAAAUUUCAUGAUUGUGAAAUUCACCUGAACAAGGCAGAUGUGGACUACUUAGAGAACAACGUAAGCUGUGUGAACCCCUCGGAGGAGUACUCUCUGGAGGAAGAACAGCAGAUGGUGGAUGUGCUGUUUUCUCGUGUCAAGCCGUUCAACCUCGUUUUGAAUGUAGCAAAAAUUGUGGCUAUGCGUGUCGUCUUGCAUGAGAAGCUGGGCAAGUGCAUCAUUAGGUUCUCCCCCACGGGUGGAGGUCUCUUCAGCGCGUCGUCCGCCGAGCAGGAAUUACUAAACAGCAAAUACAACUUCUUAACAGAGAAGGUGCUAAACUCUUUUGAGAAAAUUUUGAAAUGCUCCUUUAGGAUCCCUGAGCAUGUGAUUUACUUGAAGUGUGGCCUCAAAGCGUCGUGGGAAAAGGCGGGUUACUUCAACGAAGAAGGAGAGGCAAGUCGCAGAAAAGGGGGUGAUCUGAAAAAGGAAGCAGUCAGGGGAGACAACUCGAAGGGGGAAAAGAACGGACAAACAAAACAGCCAUUUGCAGAGGUAGAAAAAAAACUACUGACCAAAAUAAAAAACACAUCGAAGAAAAACCAGCAAGUAAUUAACCGAUUGAAAGAUAACACAAAUGUGUGGUGCAUCGACGCAGGGAAAAUACACAUGACCAAGGUGAAGACAUCAAUAGAGAACAAGCUGAGAGGCAUACUCCAAAACAGGAACAGUCUCUUCCAUCAGAUGAACAUAAAGAGGGUAGACAAACUAUGGGCCCAGUUUUUAAAAAAAAAUAACUACGCCAAGCUGUCAGCUUUUUAUUACUACUCUCCGGUCAAUAUCGAUAGCAUCGUGGAUAUAGACACGGAGUACCUGCUACUGUACAACUCGUUUUUAUUUUACUUCAGAACGGAGGAGGAGCUAGAAACGUUUAGCAAGAACCCCAUUCGUUACUUGACAGAGAUGAAACCAGACCCAUCCUUUGUCCUCCCCUUCGUACUUGUCUACUCGGAUGGAAAAAUGGAACACUUGUACGAUGAGCUGGCGAGGAGCACCAAGUGUGCGGUGAUCCACAGGCGAAAUUUACUCUCCUUCGGUUUUCAAAUCGGAAAAUUUAAACAACUUAUACAGACGAACCGAUUGACCGAUGCAGAUAUGAUGGAACUCCUCCGUAUUCGGAUGAACCAGUACGAUGUCCUUGCCCACGGAUGCAUCCUGUGCAAUCUCCCCUAUACCAAGUUCCAAUUGGAGCAUCUGCUCAAAGAGAAAAAAAUCCCACACCUGGUUUUUAUACUGCACAAGGGAGAGAGGCGGCCCCCAAUGGGAUCAUCACCCCCACAAAAUGACGACUCCAAAACGGUGGGGAAAAAACAGAAGGAGAGAAGAAGGUACACCCCCCCGCUCACUGAGGGGACAUUCCCACAGUACUACCCAUUUGUGAAGUACAUCGAGCAGAUUUUCAAGCCAAAAUAUAACAAUGUGAUUCACGUAGAACAAACAAAUGUGUGGAAAAUGAAGUGCAAGCUGACGAACGAUAUAGAGGAGACAAUACAGAAAUAUCAGAGGUACAACCGAUACAAGUAUAACCACAAGACAGCCUACUUCAAAGGGUUCAAUAUUGAAGAAAGGGAAAAUUACGAACAGGAAAUAAAGUUUGAUAAAUACUGCAUAGUUACGUAUAAGAAGAAAAACAUUUUACAAAAAUGCAACAUAUUCGAUCACUACACAGUGAACCAUGAUGGCUGCUUCUACCUAGUGAGUAGUCAGGACGAGGUGGUUGCGUUCGAGAAGAACCCCACGGAGUUUACAGCCAUAGAGAAACCACUGGCUACAUUCGAAAAAGUAGAUCAAGUGGAAGAAAAUGAGAAGAUUGAAAAUGAAGGCUUCUGCUUGGUGAGCUUGAGAGACCAAAACAAUUUCGUCAAGGGGAAUAAACAAUGCUGUAUAAAGUAUCAACAAAAACUUUACCUAUUCGAAAAUGAAGAAAAAAUGGAAAAAUUUGUAAGUAAUCAUGGGGACUACUUAAACAAUCAAAAUAUUUUCGAAAUAAUUUUUGAAAAAAUGAAAAACCAAAAUGAUGUCACUACGAUGGUUUAUCUGAAGACAUACUUGUAUGACAUCCUAUGUGAGGCCCUGUACGAGUUGGGCAAACACCGACCACUCUACCCCGGGCUGAGUGUAAAGCUAAGUGCCAUUAAAUUUCUGGCCUUCUUCUUCUACAAGGAAAACAAACUCUUUUCAGCCCCCCUGCGGAGGUCUUAUGAAAAGAACUUCCGCUCCUUCCUAAGUGACUGCCAAAUACCCAUACAUAUACAAAAACUCAGGGAGAAGUUUCAAACUAGCUGUACGAGCAAAAACCAGGACAUACGCAAGCCCAUCAAGAAGUGGACCAAGCGGGACGUGGAGAAAUACGAAACGUUCGUAAAUCUGUAUGAUAAAAUAUUGUACUCGCAGAGGAGGGCAAGGAGUGAUUGA